AUGAUUGACGAUUUGGGAUAUGAUGACUUAGGGAGCUGUGCUCAAAUUUUUCAUAGGGCUAGGAGCCCAAAUAUCGAUUUUUUGGCAAAAGAUGCUCUUCAUUUGGAAAAGUACUACAAUCAGCCGUCUUGUACCCCUUCAAGGGCAGCUUUUAUGACCGGCCGAUACAACAUUCGCUACGGCCUUCAGUCCGGCGUGAUCAAGCCCGACGAGCCAGAAGCCAUCCCUCUUUCUGAAACUCUCCUGCCCAAAGCUUUCAAAGAAUGUGGUUACAAUACCUCGAUGCAUGGAAAAUGGCACUUAGGAUUUUACACGAAAGAGCAUUGCCCGCAAAACAGGGGUUUCGACCGUUUCUUUGGCUUCUAUCUCGGCUCACAGGACUAUUUCUACCACGAUUCGGGAAAUGAUCGAGGCGAGAGUGACGGACCCUCGCAGCAUAUCGGAAAAAGAAAUGAAAAACAAUUUCGACCGUCUGGCUACGAUUUUCGGGAAGCAUACAGUAAUGGGACGGAAAAAGUCAGAUUUGAUCUGAAUGGGACUUACUCGACAAAAGCUAUCGCGGAAGACUUUAUCGCGAAAUUGGAUGAUUAUGAUCCCCAGGGUGGUUUUCAAUGA